UUAUAAAAGCUUAUCAAUUAUACUUUUGUUUCAACUCAAAAACUCAUGACUGCUCACUCAAAGGCCCCUUAUUCUCAUCUUAAAACCUUGUUGACAGUGCACAGCCGAGAGGAAUGGCAACGAGUCCUGAGGUUUGGUGUUUGGAUUGUACAUUUAUUCCCGGGAGAAAGAAAUUUAUGGUCUGCAUUAUGUCUGGAGCCAGCAGUCGGCUGGCUUUUCUCCUUUGCGGCUGUUACAUGGUGGCGCUGGGAGUCCACGCCACGGAGCACUGCGUGGCCGAAGAUCACGAGACUGACUAUUACAUGGCCGCCGUGUAUGAACACCAGUCAAUCUUGAGUCUGAACCCUCUAGCUCCCACCAGCCGCACACAGGCUUUGGAGCUGAUGAAUCGGAACCUCGACAUCUAUGAACAGCAAGUGAUGACUGCAGCCCAAAAGGGUGUACAGAUUAUAGUGUUUCCAGAAGAUGGCAUUCAUGGAUUCAACUUCACAAGAACAUCCAUUUACCCAUUUUUGGACUUCAUGCCAUCGCCCCAGUUGGUCAGGUGGAACCCAUGCCUGGAGCCGCACCGAUUCAAUGACACAGAGGUCCUCCAGCGCCUGAGUUGUAUGGCUAUCAAAGGAGAUAUGUUCCUGGUGGCCAAUCUCGGGACGAAGCAGCCUUGUCAUAGCGGUGACCGAGGGUGCCCACAGGAUGGAAGAUACCAGUUUAACACGAAUGUCGUGUUCAGUACUAAUGGAACCUUAGUGGACCGCUACCGCAAAUACAACCUCUAUUUUGAGGCAGCUUUUGAUACUCCUGUCCGAGUGGAUCACACCAUCUUCGAAACCCCUUUUGCUGGCAAGUUUGGCGUCUUCACUUGCUUUGAUAUAUUAUUCUUUGACCCUGCCAUCAGACUCCUCGGAGACUCUGAGGUGAAGCAUAUUGUGUUUCCGGCUGCCUGGAUGAACCAGCUCCCGCUCUUGGCCGCUAUUCAGAUUCAGAGUGCUUUCGCCAUAGCCUUUGGUGUCAACUUGCUGGCUGCUAACAUCCACCACCCAUCUCUGGGGAUGACUGGAAGUGGUAUACACACCCCUCUGAAGUCCGUUUGGCACCAUGACAUGGAAAACCUCACAGGUCACCUUAUAAUUGCCAAGGUAGCCAAAAACCCACAGGGUCUCGUUGGUACAGAGAAUGCCACAGAUAAAAUGGACCCAUCCCAUGGUAAAUUUUUAAAAAUCUUAGCAGGUGAUCCAUACUGUGAGAAGGAUUCUCAGGAAGUCCAUUGUGAUGAAGCCACCAAAUGGAACAUGAAUGCUGCUCCCACGUUUUACUCUGAGAUGAUGUAUGACAAUUUCACACUGGUCCCAGUGUGGGAAAAGGAAGGCUAUCUCCGAGUCUGUGCGAAUGGCCUCUGCUGUUCUUUACUUUACAAGAGGCCCACUUUGUCCAAAGAGCUGUAUGCCCUGGGGGUCUUUGAUGGCCUUCACACCGUGCAUGGCACUUACUAUGUUCAAGUUUGCGCCCUGGUCAAAUGCGGUGGUCUUGGCUUUGACACCUGUGGACAGGAGGUCACAGAGGCCACAGGGAUUUUUGAGUUUCACCUUUGGGGGAACUUCAGUACAUCCUAUAUCUUUCCUAUGUUUCUGACCUCAGGGAUGACCCUGGAAACCCCUGACCAGCUCGGCUGGGAGAAUGACCACUAUUUCCUGAGGAAGAGCAGAUUGUCCUCUGGCCUGGUGACAGCGGCCCUCUAUGGGCGGUUGUAUGAGAGGGACUGAGGAAAGUGUGGGGUGGGCUCUGGCCGCUACAUGGACAGCACUGCACGGGCACAGGCCACAGCUCAGAAGCACUGGGACCA